AUGUCUCGUAGCUCCAAGUACGCCGUUGACAUACACAACCGAAAGGAACUAUCCCGAGGCACGUCUGUCAGCUCGAGGGCAAGCCGCUCGACAAUGUCUCGUCCUAUGUCCACCUGCUCAACAGGCUACGAGACCGACUCUUCCUCUGGGAGCAUGUGGUCCACCCAGCAGCCGGCCCAGAGCGCCGACACCAAGACAAAGAUCAACAGCAAGGGACAGUUUGUGACUGUCAUCAAUCACAAGCAACAAAACCACCAGAACGAGCCGAGUCCGACGUACAAGUCAGCCAAAACUUACGGCAAAAAGGCCUGA